UUCGAAGCUUCGUCCAGAUGGGGCAAUCUCGAGACCAUUAUGCGGACAAGACUAGUGUAAUAACUUCUAGAGGUUUUACUUACAGUUUAAGUACGUUUUGUCUUUGUUUCUGAUCAGAACAAGUGAAUUAUUUGAAGAUUUUGUCCGCAAACUAUUCAGUCUUGCGAAGACGAGUAUAUAAUAACAAAGGAACCGAAAAUCUUAGUUGGGGUCUGAAUCUUUUUUUAGUAUCCUACAAACUGGCAAUGGAAGAUCCGGACACCAGAGCAAUUCUUCCCGAAGAUACUCUAUCGUCUGUAGACGACGACAUACCGAUAAAUGACACAUUUUGUAAUAACGAGGAGGUUGAGAAUAAGGGACACAUUUGCUAUAGACGGCCGCCGUUCGCUUGCCCGCUUUCGGUUUCUGUUGAACCCGUGUUGUUCUUAUCGAUGUUCUCGCUGUCUCUUCAGUGGCCGCUGUCUACGCAGUACCUAUGGGACCGCAUCAGUGAAGACGUAGGUUACAACGGAACAAAAGGAGGAGGAUGUGCCAACACUUCUGGGUCCCCAGACCCACUUCAAAAGGAGGUAGAGACCCUGACAGCCCACUGGAACCUGUACAUCAACUUGGGAGGAUUUGCAGUGGGACUGUUUGUGGUGACUCUGCUUGGCUCCUGGAGUGACCAGGGGGGCCGGCGGCUUGUGCUCAUCCUGCCCAGCCUGGGUCUGGCCCUGCAGGCUGGAGUCUACCUGCUGGUCAUGUACCUCAAGCUGCCCGUGGCCUGGUUCCUCCUGGGCAGGCUGCUCUCAGGCCUCUCAGGCGACUUCAACACCAUCCUGGCAGGCUGCUUUGCCUAUGUGGCUGACACCAGCGACAGGGGCUCCCGGACGUUCAGGGUGGCAGUGCUGGAGGCCUGUCUGGGACUGGCUGGCAUGCUGGCCAGUAUCAUAGGGGGGCAGUGGCGGCUGGCACAAGGGUACAUUAACCCAUUCUGGCUGGUGCUGGCCACUAACCUGGCUGCUGCCCUCUAUGCCUACCUGUUUGUACCCGAGUCCGUCACCCCUGACCCCAGUGCCAAACUCUUUACCACCCGUCACCACCGCGCCGUCUACCGCCUCUACUCUGCACUAGGCGACCCCACCGAGGUCGGCAGUUACACAAAAUGGAGGAGGUACAAACUGUGGCUCUACAUCUUCUGCUUCUUCCUGGUGGUGACGGUCCACUUUGGCAGCCGCGAGCUGUAUGUUCUAUAUGAGCUGAGCUCUCCGCUGUGCUGGGGCCCAGGGCUGAUCGGCUGGGGGUCUGCAGCCCAGAACCUGGCCUACCUCAGCAGCCUUCUGGGGUUGAGGACCUUGCAGCGAUGCCUAGAGGACUCCUGGGUGUCUCUGGUGGGACUGGCCUCAAACAUGACCGGCCUGGUGGUCAUCUCACUGGCCAACACUACUGAACUCAUGUUCACAGGCUAUGGGCUGUGCUUCCUCUACAUGGCAGCCACUCCAGUCCUCAGGGCCAAGCUGUCCAAGCUGGUGGGGCCUGAAGAACAAGGUGCGUUGUUUGCGUCGGUGGCCUGUGUGGAGGGGCUGUGUUCCUUGGUGGCCAGCAGCCUCUUUAACUCUCUCUACCCAGCCACCCUGCACAUCAUGAAGGGAUUCCCCUUCCUGUUCGGAGCCCUCCUCCUCCUCAUCCCCACAGGGAUCAUUGGGAUAGUUGAGUGUCGGGAUCAGAGGACAGACAGAAGAGAGGACUCUGCAACAUCCUGACACUGACAGACAGACGGGUACUAGAUAAACUUCCUAACAUCACAGCUUGAGCCUGGAAGGCCACAGCCUCUGCUGCCCUACAUAGACCUUUUUACCAGUGUGCUGGAGAGGUAGCUGACUGUCAUUAGACCACACAGAGUUUGGAUUCAGUGGCUUCAACACCAAAAGACCAAGACCAAAAAGCUGGAACCACCAGCCAACCCCCCAUGUCAGACAUCACUGUGCACUACGUCAUCUGAUACUAGAAGAGAAAGAGGUCUGAGUUCCCUGUUGUAUUUUAAACUGAAAACCUAAUGUGAGCUGACAUACAAUUGUGGUCAAAUAAUACCCACAGUACUAUAUCAAACUAUCCAAGGGCAUGCAGAAAAUACAUGACUCAGAAAAUAUGAAAUUCAAUAACAGUGCAUCUCAAUGUCACCAUAGCAUGCGAGCAGCAGAUAGAUCGACUUUAGCCCAACUUGUCCAGACUCAACCAUUAGUAUCUCUGAACAAAACGAGACCCAUCCGUUUCUAACAGCAGUCAGGGAGUACUGAGUUACACUGCUUACAGUUUACUGUCAUCCCUCCAUUCAACAGAUAGCCCAGUCUAACCCCUUAAGUGCCCUAACACAGCAACCCUGUCACCCCUCCAUACUAUACAAUAGAUAGGCAAGUCUGUGUGUGUGUGUGUGUGUGUGUGUGUGUGUGUGUGUGUGUGUGUGUGUGUGUGUGUGUGUGUGUGUGUGUGUGUGUGUGUGUGUGUGUGUGUGUGUGUGUGUGUGUGUGUGUACCAGUGUGCCAAUAGAUGGCCUAGUCUAAACUCCCUGCUCCCUAAAGUGUUCUCACAUAGCAACACAUGAUAACCCCCCAGCACAAGGCCACAGCUAGCUCACACACAGCACACACACUGUCCUGGGUUCAACCCUCAGUAGCACAGGGGGCAACCAGAUCUCUUAUAACACAUUUAAAAGGAUGCAACAGAAGCUGAGGGGUUGCGGCCAGGGGGAGAGUUGAAGCAUUACUGUCACUCAGUAUUUGUGAUGAUAUAUUUUGAUUUACUGUUAGGGAGAAGUAAGGCCUGUGAUAGGCCUACUGGCUUUCUGUCUUCUGAAAUCAUGUAACCAAUCAUCAAAUCAAGUUUAUUUUAUAUAGCCCUUCGUACAUCAGCUAAUAUCUCGAAGUGCUGUACAGAAACCCAGCCUAAAACCCCAAACAGCAAGCAAUGCAGGUGUAGAAGCACGUGUGUUCAAUGCACUGACUGGAAGUUGCUUUGGAUAAGAGUUUCUGCUCAGUAUUGUGAAUUGAUUUUAUUGUCUGCACCGUACAGUAUUACUGAUUUUUAAAUACUGUGAAUGAUAUUUAUCAUCUUUAGAAAAUGGAACAAAUGAAUGAUUGAAUCAUGCCAAUGAUAUAUUUGACACUUAAAGUUAAGUGGCUUCUUAUGAACUAUUAUUGCCUCAUAAAACAUUUAUAGCAUCUUGUAGAUGCUGAUGUGGAAAGCCAAUUAUAUAUUUGAUAACAUUUAACUGGCUUCUUAUGAAAUGUUAUUGCCUUAUAAAACAUUUAUAGCACCUUGUAGAUGCAGAAGUGGAACAUAUGAAACUCUACAAUAAAGCAAGCCACAAAAGGUCAUGGUAUAUGAUGAGUGUUUCACAACUAGGGGCCUUCUGCCUCAUGACUUACUGUUUUAGUAUACCGUUUCAUAAUACCAUUGAAUCUAUUAGCUGCUAUGAAUAUGUUAAUAAUAAUAAGGCAAUAUAACGCUUCAUAAGAAUCCAUUUCAAGUACAGUGUUGCACUGUAUUUUAAUGCACAGAAAGAUUCACAGAUUUACUGUAUCCUGAGGUUAGUUGUUUUUAUUGCAUCACUAUAUUGUAAAAUGACAACAAUGCCUAAAUCUUGAAUAAAGAAAGUAAACAAGAACA